ACAUAUUUAAAAAAAAUAUUAUGUCACGGUCGAAACCCGAACUACAAUUAUAUCGUCCUGGUAGUGGUCGACUUCGAAAAUCUGUUCAGGAAUCGGAAUGUGAAAAUAAACUUGAUUCGGGUAGCAAUUUAAAUCUUAAUGUGUACAAUAGACAAUAUGAUAAUACUAACAAAUUUGAUUUAAUAAGCAGUAAUAUUAAUGAACUCAGUUUGUCACAGUCUUAUCGAGAAGAGUUGGGAUCUACGUGUAGUUUGACGAGUGAUUAUAAACGUAGCAACAGGCAUAAGAAGUUUGACCGAGUGUUGUAUGAUCCAAAGCGGGUUAUUGAUAAAGAAAAAUCAUCAGGUGUUUUAAAUCAUCAUCAUCAAAGUAACAAUAUGCAACUGGGAGGCGGUCAUCGUUCAGACUCUGGUAGAAAUCAAUAUGAUCAAUCACGAAAUCGCGGGCGGGAUAAUAAAAAUAGUGGGGGUAGGAGUAAUAAUGAUGGAUAUAAUGAUAAUAGUAACACAUCGAAUAAACAUUCACAUAGGAGAGGUCACGGUAAUCGAAAUCGCUAUGAUCAUGAUGGUAAUGAUAGACGAGGGAAUAAUGAAGAAAGUUGGAGAUCAUAUUCACCACAUCGACGGGAUUAUCGACAGGCAUCUGAACCAAGAAUAAUGGGUGUACCAUCGGAUGUCAAUCGUGUACGAGAUACUCGUAGCGUCGAACCAAUGGGUCCACCACGUUGGAAUCAAGAUAAAAUGCAUUCAAAACCGCCAUCUGGUCGAAGAAAUAGUACAAUAUCAAUGGGAUCAGAUGGUAUGAUUCAACAGAAACCAUCAAAACCUCCACCAAAUUUCGAUUCAUUACCACCACGAUUUAAAAAUAAAUUUUUAAAAAAUAAUGGAUUUCACAAUGUUAAUAAAAGUUCUGAAGAACCAUGGGAUGGAUCUAGCGUGACUUUUCAAGGUUCGGGAAAUGGGAAUUAUCAACAAUCAAAUUCGCGUGUUGGGAGUCCACAUCAAAAACCACAAAUAGUACAGCAACCUAUGCUUGGAGGUGGUGGCAAUCAAAUGCGUGGUGGUUAUAUACCACCUCAAUCUUGGUCACAAACUUUACCAAACAUGCGUGGUAGAGGACGCGGACGACUUAGACAAGAUGAUUUAGACAUGGAUCGAUUAUGUCAACAACUCAGCCGAACAGGUACGGAAAAAAUUAAUAUGAUGAACCAUCAAGUUCAGCCUCGGCCUAUGACACCCCCACAAUACUCAAAUGUAAUACGCACACCGAGUAAUGAAAGUUUAACACGUUGCCAACAAAGCCCAAGUAAAGAUUAUUCCUUAAAAGUGGAUCGUAUGUAUCGAGGAUUACAUACACCGCCACCUCAUGUUACUACACCACCUGGUCAAUUUCGACGAAAUAGUAUACCAGUGGAAUCACAACAAGUUCAUACACCUAGAGCACCAUCACCAAAUGUUUCACAACAACAACAACAACCACAACAACAACAACAGCAACAACAACCACAACAACAACAGCCAUCACCGUCAUCGAAAACACCACCGGAAAUUCUUGAUUGGAGCGAAGAAGUUGAAAUGUAUGCUGAAAUUGAGGAAGGUUUAAGCGAUGCUGCGAUUACGAGAAGUUCAUCGAUGAAUAGUUUAGUGGAUCAUUCAUGUAAUACACAUCCGCCACGGGAUAAGAAGAAUCGCAGGAGAAGAAAUCGUAGGAAAGGGGAUGGACGAAAUCGUCCGAAUAGAGACAACCGUGAUCGAAGUAUUGAUAAUGGAACGCGAAAUCAAUCACAGAAUUCCAAUAGAAGCAACUACUCACAUAAUCGAUCUGGAUAUCGUUCGCGGGAUAAUAGCGCAUCUCGUGAAACUUUUAAAGUGCCAGAAUUUCGUGGUGAUUCACAAUCAAGAGGGGGUAAUCAAAAUAGAAACAAUAAUGAAGGACAUAGACAUCGACGACGACGCGAUAGUCGUGAUUCAAGUGGUGAACGAAGCCGACGCAAUUCAUUUAAAGAAUCAGACAAUAGAAAUUGGCGUGAUGAAAUUCGUGAUCGACGGCCGCAAGAAAAAGAAACUGCUGAACCAAUAAAAACUUCAUCAUGUCAAGCGCCAGGUAUUUUGGUAUUACCUAGAGGAGACACUACUGCUACAGAUAGCCCACGGCCGCAAAAUCUUCCCAUUUCUAAUCGGCAUUCAUCUCAUAAUGUACAACAAGCGAAUCCAGUUGUAUCGUCACAACAGAAACAACUUUUCGACCAUCAUAAUCCCGAUAAGCCAAUUGUGGUUCAAGCAACGAGUAGUCGAAUAUCAAUUCCAGACCCAACACGCUUAUCCGCAAGUGAUUCGUCAUCUUCGAUAAACAUAAACAAUCAGGGGCCAAACUGUGUAACGGAUCAGUUUGGUAAUAUUCGACCACCAUGGUAUGAUCCAGAACGAUCACGUACAACAACGUCGAAAAUACACGUAGAUACAGAAAUUGCUGAUCUGCAGUUACAAUGGCUACUAAAUUCUGGUGAUAUUUGUCGUGAUUGGGAUCGAGCAAUGGCAAUUCGACAAUUUUUACAAGAAAGUUUAGUCACAUGGCUACGUACCGAGAUUAAAUUUUGUCAAACAGAGAACGUUGAGAACUAUUUUUGGCGUAUUUUAUAUUAUAACAUUAUUGAAGUAUUACGAAAAGAAGAUAGACCAGAUCAUAAAGAACAAAGUCGACAAUAUCUAAAACAAAUCAUUGAUGAAGGUACAAAAUAUUUUGAAAAUGUACUCAGAGAAUUAGAAAAGAGUUAUUCAUUUAAAGUUGAAGAUUUUUUGGGUAGUAAGAGUUAUCCACAACCGAAAGGUUUAGGAUAUGUGGGAUUGGCUUUGGUGUCUGCACAAAAGGUUUAUAUUUGUCUUGGUGAUUUAGCUCGAUAUAAAGAACAAAUGAAUGAUCAACCUAGUUAUGGAAUAUCUAGGCAGUAUUAUUUACAUGCUCAACAGCUAAAUCCUAAAAAUGGUCGUCCAUAUUACUUAUUAGCUGUUUUAGCUAAUAAUGCUCGGAGAAAAUUAGACGCUGUCUAUUACUACAUGAGAAGCUUAAUGACAUCAAAUCCUUUCCAGUCAGCUAAAGAAAGUUUAACUAGUUUAUUUGAUGACAUUCGGAAAAAGUACGAACAAACAGAACGUAAAAGACGUGAAGAAAAAGCCGAACGUGCUAAAUUGCACAUGAAAGAAAGAGAGAGAAAUGUACCAGGUGGUAAUUCAUUACGUCGCGAAAUUUGGAUUCAUCCCGAGGGUGGUAGACGUGUUCAUAGAACAACAUCUGCUCAAGCUGGUGUUUUGUUAGAUUCGGAUGAAGAAGAUAUUUCAAAACUUACCAGUAGUGAAAUUAAUAAACGUUUUAACAUCAGUUAUUUACACGUACUUGGCAAAUUAAUAACAAAAAUUGGAAUGGAAACAUUUCAAGAUGCUGCCCUUCAAAUGUUAAAAGAAUUUAGAGCAUUAUUACAACACUCACCAUUUCCAUUAAUAUCGACGCGUCUACUUCAACUUCUCGCAUUGAACAUGUAUGCAAUUGAAAGUUCCAAAUUGAAAGAGCCACAAAUUGAGCCACGGUGCCGAUCUGAAGUUCAAGAAUGUGCGUUAGUUGUCUCAUUGCAAAUGUUUAACAUAAUUGUUGAACGCUGUGUAUCACUUUUAAGAGAACAACUUGAUAACACAGAUCACCCGUUGCCACGAAUUGUUGGCGAUGAUUUACAAGUCAUUUUACCAGCAAUAAAGGUUUGGUGUGAUUGGAUGUUAUGUAAUAUGUCAAUAUGGAAUCCUCCACCUUCAUGUUCUGAUUAUAAAAUUGGUUCGCAGGGUGAUACAUGGAGUCGUUUAGCUGUAUUAAUGAAUCUCCUAGAGAAACUAGAUUAUGAACAGUUGGAGUUGGUCAGUGCGCCCGAGGACGGUAAUGAAAUGAUUCGCUUACCAGAAGAUGCAAUGUUAAGUGGAUUUACACCAUUAAUGUGGAAUCCAUUAGAAAUACGUUAUGUCAACAAAGAUGCUGACAUGGAAGUGGCGCAAAUAUGUUGGCGAAUAAAUCGUAUAUACUUCUUUGGAUCAGAAAUAUUAUGUGGUAUAACGCCACCUGUGUUGAAAUUGCAUAAAUUCGACACUGGGCGUAGUGAAUAUAUUUCUGUUGUACGAGCAUCACAAAAAGGCGAAGAAAAUUCGUAUGCACAAGAUUUGUCCAGUGAUUCGGAUAUUCUUGUGGAAAGCUUUAGUGAAGAUGAAGAUUCAGAUGAACCAAAAAUAGAUGUCAUUUCAGCUGGUAUUACAGACGCAACCGAUGAUGAAAUUCGUGGACUUUUACAACGGAAAGAAGAACUAAAAAAACGUCAAUUAACACAGGAACGACAUCGUGCACGAGUACAAGCCAUUUUACAACAAUCUGUGGUGAGUGUUGAAAUCGAAGUGAAACCUCGAUUACUGGUACCAGACACAAAUUGCUUCAUCGACUAUUUAACAUCAUUGAAAACAAUUACAGAAGCUCAAAUUAGUGCUCAACCAGUAUACAUUUUAAGCGUUCCACUAGUUGUUUUUAAUGAAUUGGAAGGCCUAGCACGUGGUGGUAAGACUCCAACACCAUCAACACGAACAUCCAUCGAUCCAGCACAUAUUGCAAAAGUAGCAGAAGCUGCAAAAUAUGCUCUCGAAUUUCUGCGUUCACGGAAUGCAGCGGUACGUUGCUACACAUCCAAAGGCGCUGUCGUACCAUUAUAUACCCAUACACUGGAGGAAGAUUUCGACCAAGACGUUGGUGUACGAAAUGAUGAUCGAAUAUUGGCGACAUCAUUAAGUUUAUGCCGCGGCUCAAACAAAGAUCAACAUAACGAAGGGGAACCACGUCGGUUAUAUCGUGAAGUUGUUCUGCUCACAGACGAUCGUAAUCUCCGUGUAAAAGCAUUAGCUCGUGAUGUACCAGUCAGAGAAUUACCAGAUUUCAUGAAAUGGGCGGGAUUGGGAUGAACCACCCGACCCCUCCUAGUGUCCACUUUCUUCUUGUUUUAUUAAAAUAACAGCAACAAAAACUAAAACAACAGAACAACAUGCUCAUCUCUUUUGCUAAAGCAAAAACAUAGUUUUUAAUCUUGUGGGUGAGUAUGUUUCAAAUUUAAUGUAUGUAUAAAAAAAAACAAAUUUGGGUAAAAAUUUAAUGUUUAAAAAAAAGGUACGAUGAUGAUGCACAUGCAUGAAUCGGCCAGAAAUUGGCCUAAUAUGAACGUAAUGUUCUGAGACACAAAGUAAAGUUUAAAAGCUGCGUACACAUGGUACGUUGAAUGAUUUGGAAUCAAUAUCUCUAGCAGUUGAAAUGGCUCUCUAGACCAUCAAAUCAUGAACAAGUCAGUGAUAGGAAAACGUCUCAUGUGUACCUCCAAAAAUUAUCAAAAAACAACUUAUAUCCAAGUUGUGUUUUCAAUCAUAAUAAACCCACCCGAGCAAGUCCUUAAUAAACAUUGAAACCAAACUCUUUCGCACAAAGCUGCUCAAGUUUCCGAUGCUCUCUUCCAUUUAUUAUCUUAGUGAAUUCUGAGCUUUAUUCGCGUUUGAAUGUGGGUAGCAUUAGUUGCAAGCGUGUCCGCAACAUCAAUGACAAUUAAAAAAAAUUUUUUAAUAGAAAAACAUUUCCGCAUAAUUUUUUGUGACUUUUAUAAUUCAAAAAAGGUAGUCAAGAUAUGAAUUGACGAAUGUUGGAUAUUUAAAUAGUUUUGUGUAUAAAUGGGCUAUGUUUUCAAUGAGAACACUUUUUUAUGAACUACUACAAAAAAAUGUUUUGUA